UUAAAGCAUUGGGGUUUUUUUUAUUAAAAAAUAAUAAUAAUGUAACUAGUGCAUUUUUGGCUUUGGAUCAUGACGGCCUUGUUAGCUCAUUAAAUAAAAAAAGUACACUCAAUUCCACCAAAAGUCUGAAGCAUAAGCAUAUCAAGAAGGCAAAAACGGCAAACGCACAUUAGCUGCAGUUAGUUGUUCACCGCUUGGUACUCGUCUCUUUGUUAUUGUUUUAAAAUCGUAUAUGAAACGCCGAGAUUGACAACACUGAGUUUUUCCCCGUUUGUUUAAAUUAACCUUUUUUUAAAAUAUAUUUAUAUAAAAAAACAACGAUAGCUCGUAGCGAAUUGUAAGAGAAUUGUUACAACCGGCUGGAAAGUCAUGUCGGACAUCAAGUCCUUUUUCCACCAGUGGUGCGUCAAAAAGAGCGUGGAACCGGCUUUUGACAUCAGGCCGACGGGGCCGAAGCACCGGCAGAGGUUCUUGUGCGAAGUCCGUGUACCCGGCUACAACUACGUCGGUGCUGGGAAUUCGACGACGAAAAAAGACGCCCAGUUCAACGCAGCUCGGGACUUCGUACAGUACAUGGUCAGGCAAGGGCUCAUUUUGCCCAACGAACUUCCACAAGAAUUGGCAACAAAACAUGGUGAAAACAUUCUAAGCAGUGAUUCGGCAGAUGGAACACAGCAUUCAUCCGGUAUUUUAUCCCGUCCCGUCUUUCAGCCGGGCAUGGGACCAGAUACAAUGGGCCAGGCGUAUACUCCUUUCCAAAAAGGAAAUGGACCCCAGACAUAUAUUGAUGUCAUUGCUGAACAAAAACGUGUUGAAGAGGCCGAGGAGGUUGAUGUCAAUGCUGCUAUUCAUGGCAACUGGACCAUAGAAAAUGCCAAAUCUAAACUUCAUCAGUUUAUGCAAGUUAACAAAAUAGUUGCAGAUUAUAAAUAUACUGUCGUUGGACCAGAUCAUAACAGAGGUUUUGUUGCUGAGAUGACCAUUCCUUGCAAAAAGUUAGGACGUUCCGUCACUGGAAGAGAAACAGGAUCUAAUAAACAAACAGCGUCAAAAAGCUGCGCUCUUAGCAUAGUAAGACAGUUGUACCAUUUGGGUGUGAUUGAAGCCUUUUCUGGCACACUCAAAAAAGCGGCUAAUGAGCAAAUUCCUGCCUACGAAGCAAACGUUGAUCCACAACUGGUCGAAAGGAUAAUGAACCUUCUUAAUAAACUCCAGAUAAACCCACCAACUAUUACUGGGCCUGGAACUCCUGAGGAGCCUGUUUCGCUCGUUACCAGUCAAGUGCUCACUGAGUUUGUCACACAGCGAAAACAAAUGGCAGGUGUUGUGUCUUGGUCGCCGCCUGUGGAAAACUGGAAUCCUUGGCUUGGCUGUAAUAUCGACGAAGGGCCUUUAGCAACUGCGACAUUAGAUAACAUCAGCUCGGAUUUAUAUGCUGGGCAAAGAGAGAGAAUGCAAGGCGAUAAAGAAUUACAAAGGUUCAAAAGUGAAAGGGAAAAUCUUCCUGUGUUUUCAAUGAGAGGUCCAAUUAUGGAGGCUAUUAAUGAAAAUCCAGUGAUAAUUAUUAGAGGAAGCACCGGUUGUGGAAAAACUACCCAAGUGUGUCAAUUCAUACUUGAUGAUUACAUCGAGUCUGGACAAGGCGCUUAUUGCAAUAUUGUCGUUACUCAACCUCGAAGAAUAUCCGCGAUAUCAGUUGCCGACAGAGUUGCUUCAGAAAGAAUUGAAGAUCUGGGACAGAGUUGUGGAUAUUCCGUCAGAUUUGAAUCUUGCCUGCCCCGACCUUAUGGGGCAAUCUUGUUUUGCACAAUCGGUGUCUUAUUAAGGAAAAUUGAAAAUGGUCUUAGAGGUGUAUCACAUUUGAUAAUUGACGAGAUUCACGAACGAGAUGUUAACACAGAUUUUCUCCUUGUGGUUGUAAGGGAUAUGGUCCACACUUAUCCAGAUCUAAGAGUAAUUCUCAUGUCUGCCACUAUCGACACAUCGCUAUUUUCAAACUACUUUAACAAUUGCCCUGUUAUUGAAGUGCCAGGAAGAGGAUUUCCUGUUAAAUCUUACUUUCUCGAGGACAUAAUUGAAAUGCUAAAUUUCUUACCACCUCCAGACAUGCGUAAAAAGAAGGGGGGAGACAAAGACAGAGAUGAUGAUUUUGGAAUGGUUGAUGAUGAUGAAAAUAUGAAUUUAAAAAUAGAACCUCAUUAUAAAAACAGCACUAAAACAGCAAUGGCCAAAUUAAGUGAAAAAGAUGUCAGCUUUGAACUUAUAGAAGCAUUACUGAAACACUGUAAAGGAUGUGGAAUACAAGGGGCUGUGCUUGUUUUUCUUCCUGGCUGGAAUGUUAUUUUUGCUUUAUUGCGGUACUUACAACAGCAUCCUAUUUUCAGUGGUCCCGGAUUUUUAAUCCUGCCGCUCCAUUCUCAAAUUCCACGUGAAGACCAAAGAAGAGUGUUUCAACCGGUUCCCGAUGGUGUCAUGAAGAUAAUACUGUCGACAAACAUUGCAGAAACAUCGAUUACGAUUAAUGAUGUGGUUUUCGUCAUAGAUGUUUGCAAAUCAAAAAUUAAACUUUUUACAUCUCACAACAAUAUGACAAACUAUGCCACGGUGUGGUGUUCAAAGACAAACUUGGAACAGAGGAAAGGAAGGGCUGGCCGUGUCCGGGAAGGAUAUGCUUUCCAUCUUCUUUCCAAGGCUAGAUACGCAAAACUUGAGGAACACAUGACUCCUGAAAUGUUUAGAACUCCUCUACAUCAACUGGCACUCUCAAUUAAACUCCUUAAGCUUGGAGCUAUUGGCCAGUUUUUAAGUAAAGCUUUGGAACCUCCUCCUAUAGAUGCAGUUAUCGAAGCUGAAAUGAUAUUAAGAGAAAUGAAUUGUUUGGACAACGCCGAUGAACUCACACCUCUUGGAAGGAUCCUUGCAAGGCUUCCAAUUGAACCUAGACUUGGAAAGAUGAUGAUUGUUGGUUGUAUUUUUCAAGUCGGCGAUGGCCUUGCGACAAUUGCAGCUAACAGUUCUACAUUUCCAGAAGUAUUCAUUACAGAACGACGUUUAUCCGGUCUUCAGAGAUCAUUUGCUGGUACAAGGUUUUCUGAUCACAUUGCCAUGUUGAAUGUAUAUAUUCAGUUUGCCAAAGCAGCUAAUAGAGGCAUUGAAGCGGAAUUGGCAUUCGGCGAACAAAAGCAAGUCUCUUUGCCUACCCUGAAAGUCACUGCUGAUGCUAAAGCUCAGUUGAAAGAUUUGCUUAUAUCUUGCGGAUUCCCAGAUGAAUGUUUACAGCCUAUGUAUUACCAUUUUAAUGACUUUGAUGAAAAUUUGGACAUGAUCGUAGCCCUAUUGUGCAUGGGGCUUUAUCCAAAUGUUUGUUACCAUAAAGAAAAACGGAAGGUGUUAACAACAGAAUCAAAACCUGCUUUGGUUCACAAGACUUCAGUCAACUGCACAAAGUUUGAGACCAGAUUUCCCUCUCCAUUUUUUGUAUUUGGAGAAAAGAUCAGGACAAGGGCAGUUUCUUGCAAGCAGACAACUAUGGUAUCACCUAUACAUCUUCUAUUGUUUGGUUCUAGAAAAGUUGAAUUAGUAAAUAACUGUAUCCGCCUUGACAAUUGGGUAAAUCUUCAAAUGCCCCCCGAGGUUGCAGCUGCGAUUGUAAGCCUCAGGCCUGCACUCGAGAGCCUGGUAGUCAAAGCGAGUCAAGAUCCUGGAGAGAUCUUAUCAUUCUCAGAUGUUGAUAGAGAAAUUAUUGCUGUGAUCAAAGAACUGUGCCAAAUGAAUGCUGGCCGGUACAACCUCACGCAGUACGAGAUGACAAAAGGCAUCAAGAGAGGAUACUUGGAUGAGUCAGAUGAAGCACCAAGACCUAAACAAGGUUUUAAUAGAGGCGGAGCCAGUGGCAGCUACAGAGGCAGAGGUUCAUUCCGAGGGCAAUGGGGGGGAUAUGGAGGUGGUAGAGGAAGAUACUUCGCAAGUGGACAAGGAGGCUUUGACAGGGCGAACACAAAUGACAUGACUGUUAAAAAAGAAAGUUUCUGGAAAAACUAUUAGAAAUAAUAUUUUAUAUCUAACUUCUUUUAAGUGUUUCUAACUUAUAAAGCCUUUAUUAUAUUUAGCUGUGGAGUGUAUUUAUUUUAUUUGACUUUUUUUUAAUAUGUCACUUGUUUUUAUGAUAAUACAAUAAUUCUGGUUUGUGUAGUUAUUGGAUAUGUGGUCCAAUAACACUAACUCAAUACACAAACCUGAAUAUAAUCAAUGUUGGUCAAUAAUGGAAUAACAUAAUAAAUAAAAGCAAUUUUAAUAAUUUCUUUGUUGUUGCACAUGUAUAAAUGUUUAUUUUAUUUUUAUGUAACUCAUCUAGAGACUCAAUAUAAAACUACUAAAUUCAUCAAGGUUAAAUACCCUCAGCCAUUAAAAAUUUUCCAAUUGUUUAAUAUAUUUUAUUGAUAUAUCAUGAAAAAGAAUAAAUAAGAAAAUGAUUGUUUUAUUGUUUGAAUUGCAAGGAAAAAGAAUCUUCAUUUAGAAGUUAAAUAUUAUUGUUUCAUUUGAAAAAGUAUUGUAAAAGUAGACUUAAUGUAGACUGUCAAUAAAGCUUGUAACAUAUAAUAAAAAUAAAAUAGCCAAAGCAAUUACAUUUUUGUUAAUAAAAGUUAAAAUUUGGA